AUGGGGAAGAGUUCACAUCACAGUAGGCACGAUUCUGAGGGGAGGAACGAGAAAGACAAGUCACGCUCUCCAAGGUUUUCAAAAAUUUCGAAAGAAAGGUUGUCAUCAAAGAAUCAUCAUUCAUCCCGGAAGGCAAGAUCACGGUCACCACGAAGUCCAGUUGACCGGUGUGCAAUUAGGAUCUUGUUUUAUCAUGCAUUUUUUGUGGUCAUGCCACAGCUUACGAAAGAUGGAGGAAAGAUCUUUGUGGAAGACGGCAUGGAGUUUGUUCAUAAAGCGCCGCAGCACAUUGGUGAUAAAAAAAGGGAAGAAGACCUAAAGGAGAAGUUAGAAGUAUUUUCUUUCGUUGGCCUAGUAAUGAAACAAAAACGGAAAAUUUACGAUAAAGUAUUGAAAGUAAAAGGUUUGGCAGAUUCGGAUUCUGAUGAUGAAAUAAGUGCAGCAGAUUGGGUAACGAAGACUCGAGAAGCUGAACAACGCAAGAAAACUGCAGAAGAGUCAAGUCGAAGAAUUGUGAAAAAGGAAGUUAAAGAAGAGAGGGAAGAAGCAGGGUGA